GGCCCCUCUCCCCAUCCGGGUCCCUCCGUGCGGUGUAGCAGGUCGGUAGGCGGGAAAUGGCGACUGGCUGCUGAGCGGCUGCGGAGCGCGGAGCCCCGGCGGCGGUGUAAACACAGCGGCGCCCGCCCGGCCCGGCGCGGCCCGGCCCGGCCGCCGGGAACCCGGACACCAGGGGCUCGCCUCCCCGGCACCCCGCACCCACAGCUUUACAUGUGGUACACAUGAAAAUGAGGCUGAGAACGCGGAAAGCUUCUCAGCAAUCGAAUCAAAUUCACACACAACGUGCUCCGAGGGCAAAGAGGAAACAUUCGGAGGUAGAAGAGAGCUUACCUGUUGGCGGAGGAAAACCACAGAAAAAUGAAACUGGCUUGUUGUCUUCAAUCAAAAAGUUUAUUAAAGGAAGCACACCCAAGGAAGAAAGAGAAAAUCCUGCAAAAAGAAGUAGAAUUGAACGGGAUAUAGAUAACAACUUGAUUACAUCCACACCUCAAACAGGAGAAAAGCCUAAUAAACAGAUCUCUCGAGUACGACGGAAAAGUCAAAUGAAUGGAGAAGCUGGAAGUUACGAAAUGACAAACCAACACGUAAAGCAAAAUGGAAAAUUAGAAGAUAACCCUACCACUGGCAGUCCCCCACGAACUACAUUACUGGGAACCAUAUUUUCUCCUGUUUUCAAUUUUUUUUCACCAGCAAAUAAAAAUGGAACAUCAGGAUCAGAUUCUCCCGGACAAGCUGUUGAAGCUGAAGAAAUAGUCAAACAGCUUGAUAUGGAACAAGUAGAUGAGAUUACUACAAGUACUGCAACAUCAACCAAUGGAGCAGCUUAUACUAGCCAAGCAGUGCAGGUCAGAUCUACUGUCAACAAUGGUUUAGAAGAAGUGGAGGAAACAAAUGACCGUGACUUGCCACCACUUACAGCACCAGUAUCUCCAGACAGUGGCUACUCAUCAGCUCAUGCAGAAGCCACCUAUGAAGAAGACUGGGAAGUCUUUGAUCCAUAUUAUUUCAUCAAACAUGUUCCACCACUAACAGAAGAACAACUUAACAGGAAGCCAGCUCUUCCACUGAAAACAAGAAGCACACCAGAAUUCUCAUUAGUUCUAGACUUGGAUGAAACAUUAGUGCACUGUAGUCUAAAUGAAUUAGAAGAUGCUGCACUCACUUUUCCAGUUCUUUUUCAAGAUGUCAUUUACCAGGUUUAUGUCCGGUUAAGGCCAUUCUUCCGAGAAUUCCUGGAACGUAUGUCUCAGAUUUAUGAGAUCAUUCUUUUUACUGCUUCUAAGAAGGUAUAUGCAGACAAGUUAUUGAACAUACUAGACCCUAAAAAGCAGCUGGUCAGGCAUCGACUUUUCCGUGAGCAUUGUGUUUGCGUACAAGGAAAUUACAUAAAGGAUUUAAACAUUCUUGGUAGAGAUCUUUCAAAAACGAUCAUCAUUGACAAUUCACCACAAGCCUUUGCUUAUCAGCUUUCAAAUGGAAUUCCUAUAGAAAGCUGGUUCAUGGAUAAAAAUGACAACGAACUUCUAAAAUUGAUUCCGUUUCUGGAGAAACUUGUAGAGCUGAACGAAGAUGUCCGACCUCACAUCAGAGACAGAUUUCGCUUGCAUGACUUGCUACCCCCAGAUUAAAGCCUUUUGUCUAAUUACUGAAGGGGGAGAAAAUGCAGGACCCUUUUGGACUAAAACAAAACAUUGCCAUUACUGUUGAAAUUUUGCAUUUUUGUACCCCGUCUUGCUUUUCUUAUCUUUGGUGCCCAACAAUAAUCAAGGGUUACGGAAAGAGACUUUAUAUAUCUGAGAUUGAAUACAUUCAGUACAAUACAGUACAACACAGUAGGUAGGCUAGAACAGAAAAGUCUUUAGAACUAGUGCAACUCCAAUGAAAUUUUUUUAUGUACAGGACAUCUGCAGUUUAUAAAGAAUUCUGUUUCUGCCACCAGCAGUUUGACCUGUAGAAACACAGGAUUUUAUGAUAUAACAGAGAUUGAAAAUGGACUCUUAUUUUCUCUCUGUUCGGUGCUCUAAGUGGGUUUGUAGCCACUUUUCUGUUACUUUUAAGAUUCUCAUUUCAACAGGAAUGGCCAGUAAAAGUUGUUUUAUUUUUCCUGUUAAGGUUUAUAACCUUUUUACAUUUUUGACCUGUAUUAGAUUAGAAUUUCAUUAUGCAUUCCUUUUAGUUGAGGCGCUUCAUAGUUUUUCUGGAAAUAGCCAAAUUUUCUUAGUUUUUUAUUAAACAGUUGGAUGGCCGUUUUCCUGCUUUGUCUGCCUGCAUACUGUAUAUUUGUUUAAAAAUAUUCUCUAGUUUUAGCCCAUGUAAGUUUCAUUUAGAAAGAAAACCCCUGCAUUUAUAUUUUCUUUCUGUAAUAUUCUACUGUAGUUGAAAUCUUUUCAAAAAUCAAGAGACUGGCUAGAUAAGAAGAAUAUAAGAAUUACUAAUAUUCAGAAUAUUUUAAACCAUUGUGAUGGCAUGUACUCUGGACAGACAAUAUCUUGCAGUGGCACAAACAACUGAUGGACAAGGAAUACCUCAGACUAUGCUGUGCGUGCAGAUCUUGAAAGGAGAACUAGUUUGGUCACCUCUUAGGUUUGAUGCAAUUCAAUUACUGCUGCCUUCUGUUUCCUCCAAGAUUGAAGUAUUCUGCACAGUGGCUCAGUAUUGUGAGAUGUUUUGCAUGGGCUGAUGGUACCCCUGUGACACUCGUCGUUACAAUCAGUUUUAAGCUCUGUGUGACAGCGAAGGUACCUGGCAGUAACUAUGCACAAUCCUGUGGUACAGUACACUCCCACGCCACCGAGGCAGGCAGUCUGCUAUCCUAGUGGUUUGCUAUGCUAUAUGGAAAUAGUCUUUCAGCCUUGGUUCUCUAAUGCAGCUACCACAAGAGGUGGAUAUUUUUAUAAUGGUGUGUAAUCUCCUUUUCAGGAGGCUUUUUAUGGAAGGUAUAAUUUGUAAAAGUUAGGAUGCUUUGCCUCUCGACUGCAUUAACACGCCAUAGGCUCAGACUGUUUUUGUGUAAAAGAUGUCACAGAACGGCACUUUUUCUAAAGAGAAGUUUGAUAUUUUGUAUGCUUGUUAAGAAAGUACAGUAUUGGAAAUUAAAGGUGGACAACUGAUAAUUGAGAAGUAUGUCAAUUAAUUUUUUAUGUAUAUUACCUGUUUACUUGUACAAUUUUAUUGUACAAAUUACAUGCAGCUUCAUUUUCAAAUGAGUCCUUAAAAUAAGGAAAAUCUUUUUAGGAAAACAUUUAAUUUUUGUAUUUUUUGAUUUUAAAAGGCAUGAGUUAUGUCAACUUUUUCCAGUGUAUUAAUGAAGAUUUUAACUUUUCAUCAGGUUGAGUGUUUUCUUACUAUAUUAUCUGUUGUGUAUGUAGCUAGCACAUUGUGUCACUGAACUGUUUAAAAAACUUAGCAUGUAGAGCAAGCCUGUUUUGUGGAAAAUCCUUAUUCAUUAAAAAAGAAAAUCAUCAUGGCAGAUUUUCUGCAAAAAAAGUGAAAACAUUUGCAAUUCAGAAUACUGAUUUUUUUUGUAUUUAAAGAAAGGUAUUUUGCUUGCAGGAAAGAAAUACUACAGAUUCAUUUUAAUGAGAAUCUUUUAAAUGUAUUUAUCUUUAGGGCAUCUGGGCAUCUUUACGCUGUUUGUCUUAUGUCUUUAUUGAAAUAAAAUGUACAUAACAUUAACUUUA